AUGUGUGAUAGCAUUCUGGCUUCUUUAAAUAAGCGCUGGGAAAUCCCAAAUAAAUUAGGCUGCAUUGCUAGUUUUUUAGAUUCUAGAUUUAAGUACUUGACUUUUCUAAUGGCUAGCCAAAUUGAAAAUGUAAAAUAUAGUUUAAAAAGGCAAAUUGAAUUAUUUGAAUCUCCUUCACAAUCAUGUUUAGUUUCUUCAACUACAACUACUUCUAAUCAUUCUGUGUUUAUUAAUUAUUUUAAUCAAAAUUUAUCAUUACAAUAUACUACAUCUUUAAUAGAUUUAGAAAUAUCUUU